AGUACGGAAUCUAUAACAAUGACUUGUUACAAACGUCACUUUUAUUAUUAUGUCAAUUACAUUUCAAUUCAUAAUAUUACUCACCUAUAGUAUUUUAAAGAUUAAAUAAUUUAAUAUCAAAAUGUCUAUUGAAAUACUACAGGCUGAUUGCAAGAGAGCUGUAGCAAAUAUAUCGUCUUUAAGCAACGAUGAACUAGAUGCCAUUAUAAACGAUGAUGAAAAAAUUCAAGAAAUUAUUACAAACUUAGAUCAGUCAUACUUGAAAGAAAUAGAGCAAGAAAAAGAAAAUAUAUUAGCUAGUAAUAAUUCUAUGGCUGAGUUUAAUCUAUCAAAAGAGCCAGAGUUGGUUGAAGGGAGAGAAAAAAUAAAAGAAUUAUCAGAGUUAGGGGAACAGUUGACAAGAACGAUUGAAGAAAAAAUGAAGGAAUUAAGAGACAAGGGAGGUGACAUGUCUUUAGAAACCGCUUUGGCAUUACUACAAACAUCGGCUAGUGAAAUGGAAGAAGAAUCUGAUAAAGUAGCGAAGAGAUAUUUGGAUGGGGAAGGGGAAUUGGAUGAUUUUCUAGAUGACUUUUUAGAAAAAAGAAAAAUCAUGCAUUUGCGUUUAGUAAAAGCAGAAAAAUUAUCCAAAAUCCUACAAUCGCCAUCAAUGAAUAACGUAUCCAAUUAUAUAAACGCACCGCCUGUUAAUAUCAACUCUAAUUUCUUUCCGGGGGUUAGUAUACCCGGAUCUAUGCCACCACCGUAUCCCAUCGGGCAAAUAAAUAAUUACAUGCCCAUGCCGCAUCCUCUUGGCAAUAAUUAUUUCCAGAAUCACUAUUAACUUUCAAAUACAUAUAUAUAAAAAAAUGCAUUAGAUGUUCGAAAUUUUAAAAUAAAAGUCCUUAUUUACUGUGAAUACCUAUACUAUACAGGAUGUUCUAAAAAAGUGAGUCAUAAUUAUUAUAACACAGAUAAAUUACCUUGAAGAGAUUCAUUUAUUUGUUUAAAGUAAUUUAUUAAGAAAGUUAGUUUAUACUUAUACCUGUUGAUACAGGGUGUCCCAUAAUUUUGAACUAAUUAAAAAUUUAUCAUUAUUUUGAUUAUGUUUCUUAUUUUCUGUAAUUAAUCCUUUUGUAAGUUGUUUUUUAUAUCAUUAUUUUUUUAUUUUCUUAUUGUUUCUCAUUAUUUGGCAUGAAUAAGUAGUUUCAUCGAAUAUUUCAUCCAUAGAAUGUUUCAGACGAACCCAUUCUGCUCCAUAAUUGAACCCUUUGUAACUAUAAAGAAAGUUAAUUGUAAAUCACACGAAAUAUUUGAAAAUUGAACUUACCAGACUGGUUACACCAGCACGAGUUACUCCCAAUACAUAAGGAGUCACUUGAAAAAAACUAAACUCAAAAGUGACUGAAGUCACUAACUGAUUAGUGAUAUGUCUCUGCAAACACAGCAGACUCAGUGUUGUGACCUAACCUAACCUAACAACCAAAAAUAAGAAAAGUUUAUAACAACUUGAGAUAAAUUGAGUCACAAAUAUUUGGACAGUGACAGGAACUAUUCUACGUCCCCCUUUGAAAUUUGACUAUAAAAAAAUGUAACAAUUCAGUCCAAACUUCUUUUGCAAAUCUACAUCAUUAGAUUCGAAUAAUAGGCGAUCUAGAGUUUACCAAAAACUUUCAGUUAGAAGCGUAAAAGAAAGUUCGCUAACCUGAAUCUAUUCUAUUGAUACUACCACGGCAGAUGCUCCUCAACAUAAUCCCACCUUCACCAGUAUCUUCUAUACCUACUCGACAUUUAUCGGGACUCCUUUUUUUGGAGAAUUGGCUUAGCUGCUUAUACACCUGCAUCUCGUCGAAACUUAUAUAGAGCCGCAACGGUUGUUAAAUACAAUGUGUGUUAAUGACUCGUUGAAUUUACUUCUCACGGCGUUAAAAAUAUUCUUUCAAAAUUUAGGUUCGAAGAGCAAGGAAGUAAAAUGAUUUAAAUAUUUUAGACAACAGUGGCUCCCCCCGAUGGCACCUGGCGGAGUAAUAAACAUUGACUAGCGACGUUGCUACGUUGUUUAUAAUAUAAUACUUCUUAUAAAAUAAAAAUAACAUUUGAGACGUAAAUAACGGUGUAGUUGGUAAGGUUAUCGAAGUGCUUGGUUUCCAACACGGAGAUCGGAAGUUUGAAUCCUCUGUCGAACGAUUUUUUUAUUAAACAAGCCACUUGCUCUUAGUCCAAAGGAAAGUUACAAACAAAAAAAAAUAAAUGACUCAAAAACCUAACUAGAAAACAAAGCAACAUAACCAACUUUACUCACACAAUCAUUCAAAGUGUGUGUAGGUUUUAGGUAGUCAAAAAAUCGAAUUAAUACGUAUUAUCUUCAUAUAUUUGUAAUAUUAUAUAUUCUUUAAACUUCAUCGUAUAUUCAGUUUUGUCACUUGGGUGGUUGUUUCGUUGAUCACUUCUUUGUUCAAAGUAAACGUAAUUUUCGUAAAAUACGCUUUACGACAAAGUCUACUAUCCGAACAAAAGUGAAUAAGAGAAAACUCUUUUUCAACGACCCAGGCGUAUCCUACUGACUGCGCCAGUUAUAACUUAAAAAAAUAAAGAUAGGUUUUUAAGAAACAUACAAAGUACAAUUAAUAUAUUAACAACGAAUUCUGAACAAAAGCUAAGACAAGAUUGAGUAUACACAAUGAAUUUUGAAAAAUAUAUAAGGUGGCUUCGUAAUUAGGUAGUCAGAUUUUUACAGAUUUUCAUAUAAAAAAUAAUUUGUUUUUAAAAGAUGUGAUUAAAAAAGCGGAAAUUUGGUUAUUUGAAUGUUUCACAUAAAUUUUGAGGUUAUGUGAAAAAAAUGUGAAUACAAAAGUUGUAGACUUUUUUUAUUUCCUACAACUUUUUUCCAUACGACUUGUAUUUUUAACGAAAAUCGAGAUAAACCCUUGAAAAAUCAUCCUCUUCCAUUUCCUAACCUCAAAUCGCUCGUAAAUUAUUUUUUUCUCUGUUUUCCCGAUAGGUUUCAUCCUAAUACUACUACUUUUUACCAUGUUUAAAGGAUUUAACCCUUGUCUGUAAUGAAUACAUUCGAAAAUAAAUUUUGUUUGGGUUAUCAAGAAAUUUUACUAGACUUGGCAACGUUUUUAAUCCAUUUGAUGUUGAAUCAAAUUAGCACAUCUCGUUCUCAGAUACCCCACACCCCUUUACUUUAUAUUAAAAAUAAUCAAAAAUUUGUUAAAAGUUUUUUAUAAUUUUAUGUAUAGAAAAAGAAAUGUUUUUCUUGGCAACGUUGAUGAAAUUGUAUGUGCACAAAUUGGAAAUAAAAAUACUUUUCUUAAA